CGCGAUGGUGCGUACCGGACCGACAGCCGCCACCCUGGCGCCCCGCGCCGCCGUCCCGCGCGCCGGGGACAGGACCCCCUGCGCCCCGCGCAGCUGAGCGCCGUCGCCGCAGCAGAUCACCAGUCAGAAAUUUGAAGGUCAUAAGCUUUCUGAUGGUGGUGGUAAGCCAUGGCGGCAGAUGAUAAAGUUGCUAUCCUAACUGAUGAUGAAGAAGAGCAGAAGAGAAAAUACGUGCUUGCUGAUCCCUUCAAUGGCAUUUCCAGGGAACCAGAACCACCUUCCAAUGAAACACCAUCUUCCACAGAAACGUCUGCUACCCCUGAGGAGGAAAUAGACUGGAUAGAGAAGUAUUGUGUGAAAAUAAACAACGAUCUUCUCAUCUCCAAGGUUUUCUACUUCUUCUUCUACUCUGCCUAUGGCUCUCUUUACCCACUUUUGCCUGUGUAUUACAAACAGCUGGGAAUGUCACCAAGCCAGAGUGGACUACUAGUAGGUAUUCGGUACUUCAUUGAAUUCUGUAGUGCCCCCUUUUGGGGUGUGGUUGCAGAUCGCUUCAGAAAAGGCAAAAUUGUCCUCCUCUUUUCUCUUAUGUGUUGGGUUUUGUUCAAUCUGGGUAUCGGAUUUGUCAAACCCGCUACCUUGAGAUGUGUACCAAAGAUUCCUCCAACAGCUCGCCCCACCAACGCAAGUCACUUGGUAACCAUCCUGCCAACAAAUUCUUCUGCUGUCUCUUUCCUUACCACAUCACCGAAAAUACGUGGGAAAAGAAACCUGCCUCCUUCCAAUUGGACAUCAAUGUUAGAAACAGAGCCCAAGAGCUCAGAUGCUGAUAUCUUUUCAACAGCUUUGACCAAGACCAGUGAGCCUCCUCUACAUCCCCAAACAGAUGAAGUUACUGACCGUGUUAUAGACUUGAUCUUGAAUGCAAGCACAGCAACUCCUGCCCCCACAGCAAAUGUAACCAGGGAGACAACCACUGUUAUUGUCACUACCACCAAAUCUUUUCCAUCAGACCAAGUCACUCUUGUUUAUGAUCAACAAGAAGUUGAAGCGAUAUUCUUGGUGAUCUUGGUGGUUGUCAUUAUAGGAGAAUUUUUCAGUGCCUCUUCUGUCACGAUUGUAGACACAGUGACUCUUCAGUAUCUGGGAAAACACCGAGACCGCUAUGGAUUGCAGCGCAUGUGGGGCUCACUGGGCUGGGGCCUGGCAAUGCUGUGUGGCAUUGGGAUUGACUAUACCCACAUAGAAGUGCUCAUUGAUGGAAAGGGGUGUAAGCCCCCUGAGUACCGAAACUACCAGAUCGUCUUCAUCGUCUUUGGAGUUCUCAUGACCAUGGCUUUGAUUGUUGCUACUCAGUUCCGGUUCCGCUACAGCCACUUCAAGAACAAUGAGAGUAAAGGGAAAGAGGUGGAGAUCCCUCAGGUGGAAAGGAACAACUCUACAGAGUCCUCUGAGGAGACACCAACCACCACAAGCCAUUCACAAGCCUUCAACUUCUGGGACUUAAUCAAACUACUCUGCAGUGUGCAAUAUGGCUCCGUAUUGUUUGUGGCUUGGUUUAUGGGUUUUGGAUAUGGCUUCGUGUUUACCUUUCUUUAUUGGCAUUUGGAAGACCUGAAUGGAACUACCACCCUCUUUGGGGUCUGUUCAGUCCUGAGUCACGUGUCUGAGCUGACAGCUUAUUUUUUUAGUCACAAGCUUAUUGAAUUGAUUGGCCACAUCAG